AUGGUGGAGCGGCCUCUAAAAACAAAUUCACGGAAUUCCUCUUUACUGGAGGAGUCCGUAUCUGCAUCUGAGAGUGGAAAUUUUGAGGCUGAUGUUGAAGCAAUACUGCCAAAACUCCAAUGCCCAGAUUAUUAUAUAAAGCCUCCGGUCGAGGAGCUAGCUGCAAAAGAAAGGGCUGAACCAGGAUUCUGUCGCCGCGUGAAGGAAUUUGUGGUUGGAAGAGAGGGUUAUGGAAGCAUCAGGUUUUUAGGGGAAACAGAUGUGAGAAAUCUUGACGUUGAAUCUGUUAUCCAGCUUAACCAUCGAGAGGUGAUUGUAUACAGGGACACGACCAAGAAACCUCAAGUUGGACAAGGCCUCAACAAGCCUGCAGAGGUAUCUCUUCUCAAUGUCAAAUGCAUCAACAAACGUACUGGGAAGCAAUACGCGGAAGGAACAAGGGUUGAUAAGUGGACAGAUAUGCUGAAAACGAAGGCAGAAGAGCAAGGUGCUGAGUUUCUAUCUUAUAAUCCAGUAACUGGUGAGUGGAAAUUCAGGGUCCAACACUUCUAA